GGCCAAGGAGACAACCAAGUCAUUUAAGAGACAGCCUAGGAGCUGAACGGUUCUUAUCUCAACUGCUGCCAGAGCUAGAGAAGAGAGGCAGAUACCAUAGCAACAGAGUGGGUUAAUUUUCAAGCCGACCUUCGUCCUCUCCUCUAAGAAGUGUUUGUUUCUUCACUGCCAUUCCGCCGCCAAAAACAUGAGUUUGAGCAAACAACACACUCAUGUUGUGGGUGGAGGGCAACUUGCCGGGCCUAUACCUGAGCAGAUGCUCGACAGAUUGAACAAAGAUUUCGCUGUGCAUCGAUUGUUCACGUUUCCGCUUGAAUUCUACCCUAGGUACUCGAUCGAGCUGCUCGGAAUGGUAGCGGAACUGGGUUUCUAUUUUGAAAACCCUUGCAUCCGGUGCCAAUUUUGCGGAGCCACCAUAGAUGGAAUUGAAGGAUAUUUUGCUCAAGGAAUUGAAGCGGCUAAAAAGAGGAUUCUGGAGAAGCACGAUCAGGCAAAUUGCCCAAUCGGGGCCGCUGAUACAAAAAAUCUGUCGAUGGCGAUUGUCACCAGCUUGCCGGAUUACAGAGCCGAAGCGCACCGUCUGUACUCCUUGCUGAAAAAGUCCGACUGGCAGCACGUCACACCCUUUGACAUGGCCAGAAGUGGAUUUUACUACUCUGGAGUCGGCGACAACGUCGUCUGCAUUUACUGCAACCUGGCAGUCAGCGACUGGGAGGACGGAGACACGCCGGACAACGAGCACCAAGAAAGCAACCCCGAUUGCCCAUUCCUGGACGCAAAGCAGAGCAUCACCAAUUUCGAAAUCGGAAGCGAGCACGAGGCUGAUGCCAAUCACGACGCCAUAGGAACCCUCAAACCGGGCACCACCACUUUCGACCCGAGCAAACCCCCAGGCAAGCCCAGUGAUCGAGGCGCGGGUAAACGCUGAAUUGUCUGAUUUCUUAUUGGAAAUUAUGUAAAUAUUAACCUUUAAAAGGUGAUGUGUUCAUUCUCUAUUAUAAAUAUUUUUGUAAGCAUGCAUUUUGAUUAAAAAUAAAAGUAAUGCAAAAUUA